AUGGAGUUCAUUCCUAAGAUAAACUUAUUAGAACUUGGCAGCAUAGUUGACCAACUUGAUUUUGCUUCACUUUCAAAUCUCACAAAUUUCGAUCUCUAUAGCAAUAAUUCCUACGGGUUGAUUGCAUAUCAAAUUGGUGAUCUUAAAAACCUAACUUCUCUUGAUUUGUCAUUUAACUCCUUUUUAGUUGAAAGUCCAAAAUCAUUAUUUACUAAUCCAGGCAAGCUUGAAUAUCUUGAUCAUACGUGUUACCAUAUUCAUGGAACCUUACAAUUUAUUCUUGCCAAGAUGGGAAAUAUCCUAUCUUCUAUAGGCAAACUCGAGAAUCUUGAAAUUCUUGGUCACACAAUCAAUAGCCUACUCAAUUCCACAAUUCCUUCUAAGCUUAUCCUCUGCACAAUCCUUGCCAACUUGUCUUUGAUUAGAAAUUUACUUACGGAAUCCUUACCUUUAUCCUUGACAAAUCCGACCAAGUUAUCUUUUUCAUUCAUCUUUGAUAGUAAUCUUUCGAAUAUAACCCUAAUAUUGUUAGCAAUCUCUGAAGUGGGACAAGGGUCUUAUGCAACGCCGAGGGAGUCCAUUCCUAAGGUAAACUUAUUAGAACUUGGCGGUACACUUGACCAACCUAAUUUUGUUUCACUUUCAAAUCUCACAAGCAAGCUUGAAUAUCUUGAUCUACGUGUAACUAUAUUCAGCUUCUCUCGUUCAAUUCCUGAUAUUUUGGGCAUGAUGCCAAAUCUGGAAAUCCUUGAACUGACUUUAUUUCAAGGAAAUAUCCUAUCAUCUAUAGGUAAACUCGAGAAUCUUGAAUUUCUUGAUCUCACAAUCAAUAGCCCUCUCAAUUCCACAAUUCUUUCUAAGCUUAUCCUCUACACAAACCUUACCAACUCGUCUUUGAGUAGAAAUUUAGUUAUGGAAUCCGACCAAGUUAUCCUUUUCGUUCAUCUUUCGAGCAAGCUUGAAUAUCUUGAUCUUAUGUGUAACUAUAUUCAGGGUACCUUACAAUUGAUUAUUGCCAAGAUGGAAAAAUUGAAAGGCUUAUCAUUGAACAGCUUCUCUCGUUCAAUUCCUGAUAUUUUGGGCUUGAUGCCAAAUCUGGAAAUCCUUGAACUGACUUUAUUUCAAGGAAAUAUCCUAUCAUCUAUAGGUAAACUUGAGAAUUUUGAAUUUCUUGAUCUCACAAUCAAUAGCCUACUCAAUUCCACAAUUCUUUCUAAGCUUAUCCUCUGCACAAACCUUGCCCACUCGUCUUUGAGUAGAAAUUUACUUAUGGAAUCCUUACCUUUAUCCUUGACGAAUCUGACCAAGUUAUCCUUUUCGUUCAUCUUUGACAGUAAUCUUUCGAGGAACCUUACAAUCGAUUCUUGUCAAGAUGGCAAAAUUGAAAGGCGUUAUCGUUGA